AUGGCAGCGACACUCACUGAGCCCCCACUCCCCACCAUCAUCCAAACUGCACACCCAAUCUUCUACAUCGCCCUCACCCUCCUCAUCCUUCUCUGGGCAACAAAAUCCCUCCUCCUCCCAUACCUCCGUCUCCGCCACAUUCCCGCCGCUCAUCCCACAACGCCCUUCUCCUACCUCUGGCUAGGCCGUACAACCUACAGCGGCCGCCAAUACCAAGUCCUCCGCGACCUCCACACCCAACACGGCCCCCUCGUACGCAUCGGCCCCAACGAAGUCCUCACCGACGACCCUGUCGUCCUGCGCACCGUUUCAGCUACACGCAGCAACUAUGCCCGCAGCGACUGGUACCAAGCUGGUCGCUUCAAUCCGUACCAUGAUAACCUGUUUACGAUCCUCGAACCCGGAGCGCAUAAACGGGCAAAGGCGAGAUCCAUGGCUGCAUACAAUGGACGCGAGACUUUAGGUUUGGAAGUUUCCAUCGACGAACAAGUUAGAGUGCUGGUUGACAUUGUGAGGGGGCGGUAUGCAGUAGCUGCUGAGUCGCCGGAGGGUGGAAGAGGAAAGCCGCUUUUGGACCUGGGCAAGAUCACGUGCUACUUUACCAUGGACGUUAUUACGAGGCUUGGAUUUGGGAAGGCGGUGGGGUAUUUGAUCGAGGAGAUGGAUCACUAUGAUUUUCUGAAGACGGUGGAUGAGCUAUGGCCGAGGAUGUCGACCGUGGCUGAUGUACCGUGGAUCCGCAAGUUUUUGUUCUCGAAAUUUGCGGCCGAUCAGGUACACCACCGCUUCGCAGCGCCUGAUAGUGGUAAAAAGGAUUUCCUGGCCUCAUUGAUCGCCCGCGGCUUCACAGAAGAAGAAUGCCAAUCCGAAGGGCUGUUUCUCCUACUAGCAGGCAGCGAGAGCACCGCCAACGCCCUACGUUCCAUCCUCGUACACACCAUGAGCUCACCUGUGGCAUACAACCGCCUCAUUGCUGAGAUUGAGGAUGCGGUGCGGACGGAAAAGGUUUCGUACCCUAUAACAUUGGAGCAGGCGCAGAAACUGCCGUAUUUACAGGCUGUCAUCUACGAAGGCAUUCGCAUGCGGCCACCUCUUCUCGGUCUGUUCCCGAAGAUUGUGCCGGCAAAUGAAUCACCUAUUUUCAACGGCAAGUUGCUGCCCCCGGGCACCGCCGUAUGCAUGAACAUGUCGUCUAUGCUGCAAUCAACUGCUCUAUUUGGCGUCGACGCCGCCGUGUUCCGCCCGGAGCGCUUCAGCGAAGCAGAUAGCGAGAGACGCAGACAGAUGGAGCAAGACGUUGAGAUGGUGUUUGGAUAUGGAGGCUGGUUGUUUCGCGUGUUUGAAUUGCAGCUUGUGCGCCCCCUUGAGCCAUGCAAUACGCUCAGCUAUGGCGUCUUUCUUGAGAAGGGACUUAUGGUGAAGGUAUCGGAGAGGGCUUGA